CUUAAAUAUUGAAAAUUUACAUACAAAUUUACUGUUAAAUAUGGACUCACCACGGACCUGUGUGUAUAACAUUCUCCACACAAUCUUACAUUAUGGAAUAUAACAAGAUUGUGAGAAUGGAAUGGGAUCAGAUGUGCCGGGAUCGUAGUCAUCACUGUCUGCUUCACAAUCACCUUGCUGAUGCAAUGGCUCAUGGUCAUCUAGAAUAUCAUCCAAAGAAUCUGGAGGAGAGGGUAUUGGUACUCCAGGUCCAUGAGGAACUGGGCGAAUGGCAGAUUGUAUGUAAGGAGAUGGAGAGAGGGACGGAUUGUAGAAAAGAACCAUACCUGUUGAGACAAGAACUCAGCGUGGGCUAUAUAGUAAUCAAGAAUUGCAAACCAACUCAGAAUCGGCUAAAUGAAAUUCUAUAA